ACACAUCUGCAGAGAUUAGUGUCAUUUUUCACACCUGCUGUUUUUGUGUAGCUGUACCAUAGCAACUGUAGCGUGACCCGGCCUGCCGACUGGCAGGUAAACAGGCCCUCCAGUGGUUACGAAGAGGGCCAGCUCGGGCUUGAACACCAUGGAAACCGACAUAAACAAUGGGUUGAAGUUGUUGUCUGCAGCUGACUGUAAUCAACACAAAAAUUGUAGUGUUACUAUGACAUCUGGACAGAUGGUGACAUGUGAGGCUGCACUGAUACCACUGCUCCUGGGAAAGCAGGGAUGCAACAUCACGUUUGUCCUGGAAAGCUCUGAGAACAUGAAAGCUGUUCUGGGGUCAGUGAAACACCUGCUGAUCCAGACGUUACUGAAUAAAGCGUCUCACAGGGACUCUCUCUUCAACAUCAUGAGCUUUUCAAGCAAGGUGACCUGCUGGUCCCACCACAUGUGCUCCUGUGCUCCUGACACAGUGUACACGGCUCUGUCCUGGAUUCACUCCAUCAGCUGCAGCUCAGGCAGAGAUCUCUUGUCUGCUCUGAGUAUUGCUCUCACCGACCCUGCCUGUCAUGCCGUCCACCUUCUUUUCACAGGCUUUCCUGAUCAACCAGAGGCCGUGCUGAGAGCUCUUCCUGCCCUGGCAGUUGGGAGGCCUGUGAACGUUUUCUACCUGCAAGAUUUAGGAAAUAAACUGGACAGAAACACUAGGGACUAUCUGCAGUCUUUCACACAGACCACAAGGGGGAGCUGUUAUCUGAUUCCAUUCGAUUUGAAUGGCGCGCUGGAGAAGGUGAUUCCUCUGUAUGUUGCUGAGAGCCAACCAUCACUGCCAAGCUUCAAUCCAGCCAAGUGGUGUUGUCCCCCCACCUCUGUCACAAUACCACAGCUGCACCACAUAUCUUCACCCUUGCUCAGGAGCAGUCGGAGUAAUCCCAAUCUUCCGGUUACCUCCUGUAUCCUGUCUGGUCAAACCCUGAGCAGCCCAGAGUUCUUCCCAGGAUCCAGAGUCCUAGCCAGGAGAGAGGGGGAUGGCCUUUAUUAUAUGGGCACUGUCAUAAAACAAAUACAGGGCUGCAGUGGAAUUUGGGUGGUUGACUUUGACCAUGCAGAAAGUGCAACGUUUGAGAUUGUCUCCUCCCAGCGCCAGCUCGUUUGCUCACUUGACAUGGUCAAUGACAGCAGAGAUCGCACAUGCAGGCUGACUCCUGGCGAUGCUGUCCUGUCACCAUGGGAACAAGAUCUGAGAAGAUACGGUCCAGGUCAAGUGGUGGCAGCCACAGAACAUAGAGAUGGUUAUGGAGGUAACGGUGUUAGAAGCCUCCAGGUGCUGAUGUGGAAUAGUUGUGUGUAUGUGCUUCCUGAAAGUCUGGUUUUGCCCAUUUCUGCUUCUCGCCAUGCCAGAAUAGUACGGGAGCUCCAAGCAGUCACUCACAAUCAGUGCUGCAGCUGGCUUUGUGCCCCCCAGCUGUACUGCACCGACUGCUGCCAUUCAGCAUGUGCCUCUUGCUGCUGUUCAUCCUGUUUAGUUCCACCCAGUCUUGGAGCUAGCUUUGAAACAUCAGAUGAACUUGAUAAAACAGAUCAAGUCAAGCAGGUGGACUGCAGAGAUGCAGAUGUGAGGACGAGUGACCCCGAGUUGCCAUCUUCCUCCUCCUCAUCUCUUUCCCAUGAUGAGACCAGAGCAUCAACUUCUCCUUCAGUGAAGAUAAGAAGUAAACAACAGCGUCUUCCCUGGAGAUACUGGAGAAGAACUGGACCAGAACCACAGCACAGGCAGCCAGGGAGUGCUGGUCCCAGGAGGACAACCCAACCUGUGAGUUUCAGCAUCCCUGAACCACAAAUUAGUGCCUCACCAAAUCACAGCUCCCUGUUUCAGUCACUUCCUGGCACCAGUGGAAGAAGAGCAAACAUUAGAGACAUUUUGUCAACAACUAGCUUCAAACCUCGACCACCAGUGGGACUGCAGUCUCUCUGAGAACAAUGCCAUUAUAUUUACAUAUUAUCUCAGUGUAUAAACUCGUGUACAGUGCAUGUUGAAAAGACAAAGAAAAAACUGAUUACAAAAAUAUUUUAUUUCAAUACACUGAUGUGGUCUUAGUGCAGGUAAGAAUGUGUUUAAGUGCAUUACAGUAAAAUAAAAUGUAAACUCUUAAUGCAAAAAUCUAUAUACAAGCAGCAAGAAACAAACAAAGAGCAUGUGCAAUGGUCAGUUGUUAUUGAAGGUUAAGGGUGACAGGUUUGGUCAGCCGAUGGGUCAGAGGUCAAAGGUGAGGUUGACACUCUCCCCAGCUUUAACACUGACCAGCUGAGUCUGCUGCUGUGACUCUGCCAUACUGGCAGUGAUGGCAUAUGUUCCAGGUGAAAGCUCGAUAUAAAAA